CAAAAUGCUAAAUUUUCGAUGAUCGAAUGGCUUCCUUCCAUUAAGGUUUAUUAGCAAGGGUACAUUAGCAUUUGUCCAUGUAAUUAGCGAAAGCUUAGCCUUCCUAUAUACAAAGCUUUGCUUCCGUUAAUUUCCCUUUCUUUCUUUUUCUAAACCAUUUUUAUUUUAUUUUUGUACGAUAUUCUAUCUAGUAUUGGCAAAAGAUAGGAAAAAGAAAAAAAAAAAAAAAAAGACAUAUCUAUAAACUAAAUAAAUUUCUCUUUGCUAACCUACAAAAAAAUUAUCAAAUUUAUAAUAUCUUCUUCUAACUGUUUCAUUACAUCAAAUUUAUAAUUUCUCUUUGAUUUACUCCUUAUUUUUCCAGUUGGCUAUAUUAUGAGGGCAAUGGACACGGAAGAUUAGAAAGAAAAAUAGAUUUUACACAAAUAAAGUAGCAUUUUUCUAGGUUAUGAGCAUAAAAAUGAAGGGCCUAUUGAAGGGCCUCAGAUACAUUUCCCAGAUAUUUGAGGAAGAAGAGGAUGACAAGGAGAUGCAAAUAGGUUUUCCCACAGAUGUAAAACAUGUAGCUCAUAUUGGAUGGGAUGGUCCAUCUAUUAACUCACCAAGUUGGAUGAAUGAAUUUAAAGCCCAGGGAGCAGGAAAUCCAGCAGAUCCAUUGCAAAAUGGAGUUGAAGCAGAAAACCGGCCGGUUUCACAAGGUACCAACCAUUCUUACUUAACCAUUUUUUUUACAGAAUCAUCUCCCAAGAGAAGUUCUGUAAAGGAAUCUCCAGCGAGAGACAUGCCAGGUUUGCCAAAGUCAUCAAGACGGCAACCAUCAAUGGACAACAUAGGAUCAAUAGACUCUCCAAUAGGGAGUCCAAAUCACAAGACCAGAUCCUCCAGGAGACGCCAAAAACAAAAGGAAACCACUAGCCCCCGAGUUGGUGAAUCCUCCAGCGCUCAAAGCCUUCCUAACAUACCCAAGAAAUCUCGACGAAAGAAAUCCAAAGACGUUGACAGCUCACUCAAGUCUAGUUUGAAGCCGAAAGAUAAAGGUUCAAGACAUGGGUCUAGGCAUGGCUCAGAUGAUGGGUCAUUGACCAAGCAGUACAACAUUGAGGCAAAUUCUAGUGCGAGUUUAGCUUCAUUCAACGAAGAGGAGAUGAAGGCAUUGUAAACUCGAAAUUUUGAGGGAUGUUAGAGAGCCUAUUCUCCUUACGGAAAGGCUGGUAGUAUCAUCAUUUGCCCUAUUCUUAGCGAAGAAUAUGGCUUCUUUUUGUUAACUUUGUUGAGUUUUUAUUGGUAGAGUUCUAAUUUCUCAGAAACCAAGAUAUUGGAAAGCUAACGAUUUGGUAGAGUUCUAAUUUCUCCUGUGAAAUCCAUCAUUUCCAAUAUUUGAUUGGUAGGAAGAAUAUACAGGAGAAAACAAGAAAAUCACAAGAUUCCUGUAAUUUUUGCAUACAUAUAAAAGAUCCCAUACAAAUUAUGUACCGUAGUAUACAACUUUAGGUUAUAGGGAGAUCAGAGUUAUAUGCAAAGAGUUUGCAAAUACACAGAUAAACUGUACAUGAUACUCGAUACUAACAUUGCAGUUUUUGUUCAUAUAAGUUGAAAAUAUUAAUGAUAAUUUCAUCACCUAAAUGGGACAAAAGAAAAUAUUGAAAAUUUUCCGCGAAAGAUGAUGUGAAAGUAAGAGGCAACGAUUCUUUUUUUAGUACAUUAAUCACCUAUCAUUUUAAUU